AGUUUGGUUCGAAACCACAACUAAACCAUGUCCGAUCCUCUCCCUCCCUACCCUCCUCUCGAUCCCACCACCUACGAUCUCAUCAUCAUCGGCACGGGACUCCCCUCCUCCGUCAUUUCCGCCGCAGCUUCCUCCUCAGGCUCCUCCGUUCUCCACCUCGAUCCCAACCCCUUCUACGCCUCUCACUUCGCCUCCCUCUCCCUCCCCGAUCUCACUUCUUACCUCAACUCAAACACCCUCUCUCCUCCUCCUCCCUCCAACAACACUCAUGAUGACUCCUCCUUCCUCUCCCUUGAUCUCGUCAACCGCUCCUUAUACUCCUCCCUCGAGAUCUCCACCUUCGAACCAGACAUCCUCGAGGAAACUUCAAGAAGUUUCAACAUCGACUUGUCCGGUCCAAGAGUUGUCUUCUGCGCAGAUGAAUCCAUCAACCUGAUGUUGAAAUCAGGAGCUAACAAUUACGUUGAGUUCAAAAGCAUAGACGCGAGUUUUGUUGGAGAUUCUAACGGAGAGCUGAGGAGUGUUCCGGAUUCGAGAGGUGCGGUUUUUAACGACAAGAGUUUGGAUCUUAUAGAGAAGAGACAGUUGAUGAAGUUCUUUAAGCUUGUUCAGACACAUUUGGCGGAUGAGAAGGAUGUUAAGGUUGUUUCGGAGGAAGAGUUGGAGAGUUCUUUUGUUGAGUUUUUGGAGAAGAUGUGUUUGCCAAACAAAAUCAAAUCGAUUAUUUUGUAUGGUAUUGCGAUGUUAGAUUAUGAUCAAGACGAUGGUGAAACUUGUGGAUGUUUACUCAAGACUAAAGAGGGCUUAGAUAGAUUGGCUCUGUACAUUACAUCUAUUGGCAGGUUUUCUAACGCACAUGGGGCGUUGAUGUACCCAAUUUAUGGACAAGGGGAACUUCCACAAGCCUUUUGUCGUCGAGCAGCUGUCAAAGGAUGCAUCUAUGUUCUUCGGAUGCCUGUUACUGCUCUGCUUCUAGAUAAGGAAACUGGGGGUUACAAAGGUGUUAGACUAGCUUCAGGUCAAGAGAUAUUCAGUCAAAAGUUGGUUUUGGAUCCGUGUGUUACUGUUGGGUUGGAGUCAUUGUCGUCAUUGACAGAUCAGCAGAAAGAAACGAUUCGUGUUCUUGUCCCAAAGGAGAUAAGUAGUAAGGAGAAAAUUGCAAGAGGGAUAUGUAUCAUUAGAGGUUCUGUGAAAGCUGAGAUAUCAAACGCUCUUAUUGUAUAUCCACCUAAAUCUUUGUUUCCUGAACAGUUGACUGCGGUUCGAGUUCUGCAGCUUGGUAGUGGAUUAGCGGUUUGUCCACCUGACAUGCAUGUUUUAUAUCUUUCAACUGUGUGUGACAACGAUGAUCAAGGGAAAACUGCACUGUUAUCAGCCAUGAGUACUCUCAUUAGCCCGCAUGUUCCUGAGAAUCUUCCAAGCGAUUCAGUAGAUGAGAAUGUAACUGCUGAAGCAAAACCUCUUCUACUCUGGAGAGCCCUGUACGUGCAAGAGCUUGUCAAGGGUGAAUUUGGAGGUAAUAUCAGUUCCACCUCUAGUCCAGAUGGAAAUUUGAACUACAAUGAGAUUGUGGAAUCGGCAGUGAAGCUAUAUGAACAACUCAUGGGGAGUGAAGAACUAUUUAAAGAAGAAACUUCACAGGAGGACACAACAGAGGACAACGAUGGUGAUGGUGUUGAAAUAGAAGAUUGAUGAAUGAAUACUCGUUUCUUUAAAAUCUAUUAUGUGGUAAGAAUAUCAUGUAGUGGAUAUAUAUUCCAAGUAAUACACAGAGAAAAAGGUUUCUUUCAUUGGACAAGUAAACAAAUAUAUUUAGAAAAUUUACAUCAAACAUUUUUAACAAAUCUAUAAACAAGUCAAGGUUAAUCAUCCUC